GCUCGUCCCAUCACGCCUUUGCCAUCCGAGACUGAGCUCAGCCCUCCUCACGGCGACCACUACGACCUUCGUCAAGACGAUGUCACUAUCGAUCUUACAAGGUGCCAUUCUCUGAUCUAGCACUUUACAUGCAGAUCUGGCCAUGGACGCACCACAGCGCACCUUUUCCAUGAGAGGGCCGCCGGUGGAUGCACCUUGCGAUACGCCCUUCACACCUGAAUUGUGGCUCUCAAGAAAACCAGGCGAGGCUCCCACGCCAAUCAGCCAGCUCAGGGAUGAUCCCUUAUUAGGAUACCCCAUCAUAAUCCAGGAUGAUGUCGAGUAUACGUCUACCAAGACAAUCCCUCGGACGAGCUCAAGGGGCGCUGUCGCCUCUCUCAACAUCCUCGCCUCAGGUGUGGAAGACAGCACUGGCGGAGAGACCAUGCUGGUUCGCUCUCUUAGUCUGCUUGACAAGUUUGGAAAGAUCCUUGACCCAUAUCUUUCCAACUUUCCAGAGAAAGCUGGCAUCGCUCGAGAGAAACUGGUCUUACCCAACGCCGCGAGUAGAAUCUGCGUACAUUCUGACAUGAGCGAGACGGCAUUCAAUAGUCAGUAUUCGGACAUAACUCUCUAUCUUGUGCAGUGCCUACUUGAAUUGGGACAAGAAGCGAUUCGAUGGCAGGAGCAAGGCGUGAAGAAGCAAAUGAAGGAGUAUGGUAUGGAGUACGAGGCUUUGCUGCCGACGUCUCCCGAUGAGACGGUGAGGAUCAUCCCAAGUCGACAUCUGCAAGACUCGCUCCCAUCUUGGUCUUUCCCGGCGGGGACACUGGACCAAAGUACUACUGUUGGCUAUUCCGACUUUUACGUCGUCUGUGGAAAGCAAGUCAUUGCAUCAAUAGAGGCUAGACCCGGAUGGGGCCCUGAGGAGAUUGGGGUCCUUGUACGAGACCGUCUUGAUCCCUUCGUUCUACAAGAUGAGGCGGACACAACAACACACACCUCCGACGAGACGUUGCUCGAGAUUGCAUCGCACUCUGCUGCAACUGGUCUCAGCGUGGGCUUGCUCAUGGCUGACUGGGGCCGAAUCCUCUUGCCCUACGAAGUCCCGAGGCAACCCUAUCAAGGGAAUGAGAGCGCAACGUCACCUGAGGGAAGCAAGGCCCGGAUCAUCUUCAGCUCCACCCCCUCCUUUUACGAUGUCCUUGUGGGCCCCAAAGCGCUCGAUACUGCGAAUCGAGAGGUCUGUGGUGGUCUUCAGGAUAGCAAUUCGAAGAAUCUCCAUUUCAUGAGCCUAUCCAAUGCUGUAUUUUACAUGCUUGCAUGGGUGCUACAAGCUGUAGAAAAGGCCAGGGGCCAAGAAGAAGAUUUCGUGCAAGAGCCAGCAAGAGCAGGAGGCGAAAGGUUGAACUCUGCUGAGGACCGAGGUGCUGGGCCGUCGUCAAAGCGCGGGCCUCCCGACAGCGACACAAGCGAUAGGCUGGCGCAAAAGCCUCGAGGUGGGCAUCGAUCUGCCAGUGGACCUGUCGCUCCUCGUGCCAGUCAAAAGAAGUCCAGUGGAGGCGGCGACAGCGGCGGAAAGGGCGAGGGAAAGGAGACCCUUCAUGGUGACGAUUACGAGGCCCUCGUCCAGGAAUCUCGGCCUCUGACGACGUAUAUCUCGAGCUACACGCCGAUUGGUGAUGGCACUUACGCUACGGUGCAUCUGUGUCUCUUCAAGAAGUCUAUCCUCGAUAGUAGCCUCGGCGAUGACCACCAGUCGAAGCAUCUUGGUGGAAAGUCAAUGCUUCAGGUACUGCCUUACGCUAGACUCGACGAGCUUGAAGCCUUGCUCAAGGUGCAGCGUGUGCCUCUAGCGGAGGAGGAUCGCGGAAGCAAGAUCGAUUGGCGUCUUGAGGAGCCAGACGGACCUCCCCUGAGCGAAGAGGACCGCUUCGACAUACAGCGCCGCACAGUGCGGGAGCUGCGUGUCUACCUGCAAUGCCAAGAGUUGCAAGGACUGAUAAUACCAAAGCUAUACGGUGUGGUCUCGCCUCGCAAUUACCCACCCUCUACAGCCCACAAGCUCAUGUUGCAGUGCAUCUACGGGGGCCCAAUCAGGAAUGUACCCCGCAAAAUGUACCUCUUGUGGCGCGAAGAGCUCGUUGCCUCUGCCGUACAGGCGCUCUCGAUGUUACACUCGCGGUCGGUGUGGCAUGGCGACAUUAGCACCAGCAACAUCAUGGUCGAGUGGCGCAAGUAUGACGCCUCUGCGUUGGGAUCUUCGAGACACGAGAGGGUAGAGCCUGAACAGGUUCUAGAAGCGCUCCAAAAGGCUCAAGACAACAUGGGCAUCAGCGAAGCGGACUUCAAGACUCAACUCGACAAGCUCAGAGCUGCCGACGCUGACGCUGUUAAGUAUUUUGGAAUCAUGCCGACACCAACGUUGUCGCCUUUUGACGUUCUCAAGAUCACCAUACGGCCUCACGUCUGGCUUAUCGACUUUGCCGACUCUGAAAUCGUGAAUGCAGAGGCAGAGGAGGGGAAACAAACGCUGUCUUCCGAAUUGGAGAAGAUGGAAAAAGUCUUUGCGAGGUUGGAUGCUCGAUAUCAGUAGAAAAACACAUCGAUAUAGAUGGAGCAGAUAUCGGGCUAGGCCUAGCCUCGCCCAACACUACGAUGAUCGACGAGGACUAACUAUCCGCAUAUGUCAAGGUUUGACGGCAGGUCGUAAGUUACCUGCCGGAUCUUGAGAAAUCGACUUUAAGAAAGCAUUCGCCUCGUUGUCUGCCCCCAAACUUGUAUCGCUCACACCGUACUUACACCCAGAUGGCAUGGAGUUCGACAGCGACUUCCCAUAAAGACCCUUAUGUUGCACUGCAGUAAGACAGGUUCGAUGUAGCUAGUAAAGCAUGUCAUCCCAUAGGAUGUUUCCUGAUACAGAGAGAG